AUGUUGCCCUCUUCUCGCAUACGAAUACUUUCCCUCCGCCCUCUCCGUCCACCUUCGGCACCUCGCCCCCGCCUCUUCACCGUUAACGUCGCCCGCCAAACUCUCCUCCAUCAGCAGCGCCAUCGUCCACAACUCCCCUACCUCUCCCAACCGGUCUCCUCACCUCCUCAAUUCCGUCUCAUCAGCACGGAAACCCGCACAUUUGUCCGUGAACAGCUCUUUCUCGCAACGAAAUGGACAGCGAUCCUCUGGACCUUCCUCUUUCUGGGCGGCCUGACUUACUAUGGCGUAACCACCGAGCUUUCAGAGCGUCGUAACCCAACGCCUCCAGAAUGGGGCUUCUGGACACGGAAGGCCCUACGAGCGGCACGCUUCUUUUCGGAUGAGGAGUUGCUGGAGACCAUGGGCUUCAUUGAUUGGGCGCGUACGGGUGGAAAGUAUCGUAGUGCGCUGGGUCGCUUGGAGGAUCCCACAGGGGAUGGCAAAGGGGUGGAGAUUAUUGAUGGAGUUGGUGCGGAUGUUGAAAGCAAGAGUGAGGCGUGGAGGACGGGUUACUGUGAGGUUUUGAUGGGUUGUGCUCGAGCUGCGGAGCAUUUGGAUCAGAUGGUCUUGGAUACUACGCGUAGUAUUGUCUUCCCGAAAGAAGUGGUGAUUGGCCCUGGAAAUCCCGAUCCGAGACCAACACCGCCCUACAUGAAAAGCGCGCCGCGGGAGGAGGACUGCAAAAAGGCGUUCCAGGCGCCGGAGCUGUUCUACACGAGGAUUUUGGCUGGCAAAGGGUUCUCAAGGAAGGAAAGAAUUGAGGCAGCGGUGGCAUGGGGAAAUUGGUUGACUUUCACAGGUGCGGAGGAGAGUGCAGAGGAGACAUAUCGAUGGGCUGUGGACAUUGCAAAGGAGGCCGCGAAUGACGAUCUUGUGGACCCCAAGACGAACGUUCUCGAUGUUGGGAAGGGAGAAGUCACAGAAAAUCUCCUUGUUGCGAGUACGGCGCUGGCAGUCCAUCACGCGCGGAAGGGUAAUGUGGAUGCUGCACUACCCAUCUUCCUUUCUGUUCUGCGGGCGAGGAGGAGUGCCCCUGUAGCAACACCCCCAGCUGAAGAUGUGGAGGAGAAGAGAGAUCCUAAAGGUCUGGCGCUCCUCCGUACCCUUGUCACGCCACCGACGUUCCCGGCACCUCCGCCUUCUGGUGAUACUCCUUACAUUCGAUCCAGUCCCGGCGAGAGCUGUGACGAAAGCGAACUCAUGCUUUACAUUGGCGAGAUUCUCUUUGCCACAUCCGCAGCGAAGGAAGUGGGGGUUUCAUGGACACGUAAGGCUGUGAAUAUCGCGGAUGAAAAACUCAGAGUCUUGCCCACAACUGAGGAGGCGCAAAGGAAGAAGUGUCGGGAAUGUCUGCUCACUGGCGUUGGCAAUUGGGACAUCAUGCUCAAGCGGUUGGAGGCUGAGGUCCAUGACAAGACGGUAGAAAAUAAAGGAUGGUUUGGUGGCUGGUGGGCUACAGGGAGGGAGGGCGCGGAAGCGAAAGACGAAAUCGAGAUGGGAGCAAAGCUCUUGGGCCCUCUGAGGGAGAGAAUUGUCCAAGAAGGGAUCGCGGGAAGUGUGAGCAGGAGAGGAGGGGGAUCGGGCGGUGUGUGGAUUGGCUGA